AUGCUUUCAAAGAGUGUGCUGAUGGGUGACUUUAAUUUUCGCGACAUUGACUGGCAACGCGGAACAGGAUCCACUAGCGCCAGUUGUGACCUAAUGAACAACUGCCUCGACCUUUGUUUGCUUGAUGGAAAAAGUUUAUUUGAACCAGCUGAAGCAAUAUCUCCGCCCUCCUGCACAAAUGAUCACGUGGGUUUUCAGUUUACACUAAUUACCAAAACAUUCAGGAUAAAAAAUCAAAAGAUAAAAAAGUGGAAAAUCGACAAAAAUAAUAUUGGUAAUUUUUGUAAUGUUUUGAAUAAUACCGAUUGGAAUUCUUUAUUUUGUAAUCAUGAUAGUAACAGUCGAGCAUCAGUUUUUGAACAAGUUUUCAUUCAAGCAGCCAGUCUAUGCUUCGAAUACCGUACUGUUGUUAUUCGAACUGGAAAGGUCACGUAUCCGUCUAAUAUCAAGAAGUUAGUAAAAGCUUGUGAUGGAGCGUUCAGAAUUUACCGUCAAGCAGAGCAGCCACUUGAAGAUCCUCUUAAAGAGAAAUGGAAAUCUCUGUCCAAGCAAUGCGAUCGCUUAGUAAAGAAAUUUGAAUGCUCAAAAAUAACUGAACGUUGCGUUAUCGCACCGAAAUAA